AUGUCCUACUCCGUGUGUCCCAUCGGAUACUUUGGUUUGGACUGUACCGGUAGAUGCAACUGUGAGACAGACCAGAAAUGUUUUGUGGCUACAGGUGGAUGCCGUUCUGGAUGUGCUACAGGUUAUCAGGGUCAAGGCUGCUCAGAAGACUGUCACUCAGGCACCUGGGGCAUAGAUUGUCUGCAGACCUGCGGCACCAGGUGUAAAAACCAGAACUGUCACAGAUCCAACGGUACCUGCCUUGAUGGGUGUGUGGAUGGUUACUUGGGACUCACGUGCAGCGAGGAAUGUAGACCAAACAAAUUUGGUCCUGAGUGUAUUUUUAGCUGCCCCACCAACUGUACUGACAGCAGAUGUAACUCAACUACUGGAUUUUGUCUUCUCUGCAAACCUGGAAAAAUUGGAAAUUUUUGUAAUCAAGAAUGUGACGAUGGAUUGUACGGCCAGAAUUGUUCCAACAACUGCAGCACUCUGUGUGAGAGCCGUCUUUGUCAUCCGGUCAGUGGCGGCUGUUACAACUGUGUCCAGGGAACGUCGUGUGUGCUUGAAUCAGCCGGAGAAACAUCGUCAACAGCCGCUAUAGUACCUGUUGUUACGCUAUUAAUUGUAUCACUUGUACUAGUGGUAUUAAUUAUUGUUUGGAAGCGACGAAGAGGAAGUAUUAAUAGAAAACAAAUACAUGAAAAGAAAACUUUUUACAAGUCGAAUUCUGAUGAAGUAUUAACAGAUGAAAAUAAGGAUAGAAGUGAAAGGGUAUCUAAAGAACUACAUGACGUAAACCAACACGCCUAUACAAAUGUAGCAGAAGAGAUAGAAAAUACCGCCAUUGAAAUCAACCACUUGAGAGGCUAUCUACAAGAUCAUGAUAGCAUUUUUCUUAAGGAGCAGUUUCAGAGAAUACCUCAGCCUGUCGGAGUUUCUAUGCUUGUGGGUCUGGAUGAGCGGAACAUUAAGAAGAAUCGAUACAAAAAUAUCUGCGCAUAUGACCACUCUCGUGUCCAUCUUAACGUGAACUCUGACCAGCAGGACAGUGAUUACAUCAACGCAUCUUACGUGCAGGGGUAUGGAGGUAAAGAAAAGUUUAUUGCCGCGCAAGGACCAACCAGUGUCACAGUGAACGACUUUGUGAGGAUGUUGUGGGAGCAGAGGGUGGACACAGUGGUCAUGCUGACCAACUUGACGGAGGAGGGGAAGAUCAAGUGUGUACAGUACUGGCCAGAGGAAGAUGCAGUAGAGUUUAACGGUAUAGAGGUCAGUCUAGCGGUGACUCGAGUUUUUGCUGACUACACCAUUCGGAAAUUGGAAUUAAACCAGAGCGGCAGCCCCUCCCACACACUGACCCACUACCACUACACAUCAUGGCCUGACAAAGGUGUGCCCACCACACCGUGGAGUCUUGUAGACUUUGAACAACGUGUGGCCGCAGGUGUUACUUCAGUUCCUAUAGUCGUACACUGCAGUGCUGGGGUGGGCCGUACAGGGACCUUCAUCGCUCUGAGAAACUUGAUGAGAGAAGCUGAAGCCACUGGUCGCUUUGAUUUCUUUCAGACGGUUCUCAAACUCAGACAGGAUCGGGUGUUGUUGGUACAAACUGCAGAACAAUACGAGCUUCUCCACAAAGCUGUACUGGUAGCUUCUGUUUGUAUGGGACGAACCAUCUCAUCUACUUGUAUAACACAGAGGUUAGCGGCCCUGGAGAAGAGGAAUCUGACGGGAAAAACAGGGAUAGAAGCUGAGUUUGAUUCUGUGUGUGAAGUAGUUGCUCAGUUAUCAAACAAAAGUACCGAUGACGAAAAUAAUGUCUAUGAAAAUAAUUUUGUUUCAAACUACAGUAAGGAUGGAAUUAUUUUUAACAUAUUUUUUAAAACAUUAUCUAAAGUUAUCAAUUUAUAUUCAAGUGUGUUAUAA